CAUCAGCAUUGGUAGCAUCUCUUGGUGGUGUGUUGGGAGUGGUGAUUGUGAUUGCUAUAGUGGUGCAGGUUAUGGUGAUAGUCUUUUUCAUCAGGAAACUCCAAAGAGCUAAAGCCUCCAUGAACACUACUGGCGUAGAAAUGCCCACAUUGUCAGGAAAGAAAUAUCUGGGCUCAGAGCAGUUCCAGACCUCCAGUAAUGAGGCCUACAAUGUAGUGAGAGGGACUGGAAGUACAGUUGAAGGUGAAUAUGAGGUACCACGAGACCUUCCUCCCUCCACCUCCUCCCAGCCUACCACUGCUGCUGCUGGAGACUCUCUCUAUGAGCCUGUGUGAUGUGUCCCUACAUUACUGUUCA